UUUUGUGAUAGGGUGUGUGUGUGUGUGUGUUCUGGUUUGCGUACACACAGACGUCCAUAGUGUAGUCGAUCAUAUAUCAAUAAUCAAUCACGUGACAAUGUUCGCUAUGCGUGCAAUGCAGGACAGGCCCUGCCCCCAAAGUGCGCAUGUACGCGGUGGGCGGGCUGUUGACGGCCUAUAAAUGUCCUAAAGCUGAAGGCGCCGCGGACACACACGCAGUCCCACAAGGCUCCCACUGGAGGGACGUCUGUGGUCGGCUGUGACGUCAUGCCGUGGUUGCUGUCGUCUCCACCGGAAGCCGCGUCCUCGUCGCCAUCUCAGCGGCACUGUGAGCGGACCGCCUUCUCUUUCUACUGCGCCGUGCGGGAGCAACUUCCGGUGUGGCUGCUGGAGGACAUGCGCAGUAUGGAAGUGUUCUUCUGGGAGGACGGCCGCCCGCGCUCCUUCUCGCCGGCCGACGCGCUGAUGUACGCGCUGGUGCACGACCACCGGGACUACGCGCAUUACCUGCUCAACAACUUCUCCGUGAACGCGCUUCACGCGGCGCGCUGCAACGUGUGCCGCAGCAGCGGCGGCGCGGCACACCUGCACAUCGCGGUGCGCUACAACCGCCGCGCCAUUCUCGGCCUGAUGAUGGACGCACUGAAGGACUUGGCGCCAGAGGGCUGGCGGCGGGAAUACCUGGACACCUGCGGCGGGUGCGCGCACGCGGCCGACGCGGGGAAGACGGCGGUUCAGCUGGCCGUGGAGCUGUCGCGCGUGGACUGCCUGCUGCUGCUUCUCGUGCACGGCGCGCGACCGCAAGGUCUGGAUGCGGCGCUGCUGAGACUCGGCGGCGCACCCGCUGCCGAGCGGGAUGACGCCCGGCGCUGCCUCGACCUGCUGCUGCUUUUCGUGGCAGAACCGAAGGCAGUGCGCCCCCUACGGGACGAGCAGCAGCGCUGGCAAAACCUGCUCGGAAAGGACUUGUUCAGCUGGCUGAGCGGUCAGGCCCCACCCCCUCUUCUGCACCAGGCUCUUAGGACUUUAGUCCGGUCGGUCCCGGGUCAAAUCCGCCAGUUGCCGGCUUUCCUGCGGCCACACAGCAAGAUGGGACCAGAUGUUCCGUUGCCAUGGAAACAGAGUACAUGAUGCUUUGGUUAUGGCCGACUCAGGUGACUUUUUAGGAGCAUCGGCUGAUGUACAUUUGAUUUUUUUUUUGCAUAAUAAAAAGACUUGGUU